AAAAUUAGUUACGUUACAUGCGUGGACGAUAUGGUGGACUAUUGAUAUUCUAAAAUUUUAUUUUUAAUUUGUUAGUUUUAAAGUAACUAGUUAAUAACGAUGGAUUGGAAAAAAGCGAAAUUUUUUAUUUUGUCAACUGCUACUGUGUUUGUCGCUACACAAAUAGUAAAAAAAGCUUACAACUAUUUUUUUAAUCCAAGAAAUGAUGAACGUGAGGAAUCUAGUGACGGCAUGUGCGAAGUUUCGCAAAAUCUUAAAAACCGUGAUAUAAACGACGUGAUAGUGUUCUCAAACGAUGCGACUCGACAUUCAAUAAGAAUACCGCCAACAAAAGAUAUCUUAAUAUGUGAAAGUAGAGAUUUAAAUUGCUACAAACUGCUCACAUACAUAAAUGCCACACGUGAGACAUUGGACGUGUGUAUGUAUCUAAUAACUAGCAAAGAAAUAGCAGAAGCAAUUAUAAGAUUAGGACAAAGACAUGUCUUAAUAAGAAUAGUUGUUGACAGUGAAACGGCAUUCAAACCACCAUCACAAAUUAAAAAGUUAAAAGAAUACAGUUUCAUCCAAGUGCAGCCGAGUAAAAAGACUAUUUUAAUGCACCACAAAUUUUGCAUUGUUGACGGGCCAAAAGCCAUUCAUCGGAAAAAACUGUUAAAAGCUCAAGCCGAAAAGUUAAAUUCUCAUGCGAAGGAAACAAAAAAGCCAGUGAAAAUCCAGGCUAAGGUCAAAGUCACGGGUUUUGUAAUGUCUGGUUCUUUGAACUGGUCCUCCCAUGCAAUGGUUUCAAAUCAUGAAAGCGUUAUUGUUACAUCACAUCCGAAAAUUGUCGAUAAAUUCGAAACCGAGUUUGGGAGUUUGUGGGUGGACAAUGAGCCGAUAUUGAAGUCGUCGUUAAAUAAGUCAUUGAAUACGCCGUGAUUAUCCUACAUGUAUUUUACACUGCACAAGUAAAGUGUUACCACCUCACAUCUGCUAUUCACAACUUGAUGAUAAAUAUUAUAAAAAAAUACCACAUGUGCCAGUGUAAAAUAUGUGUUAAAAAUAUUCAUGAAGUGAACGAAUUUAACAAAAAUUGUGCAAACGACCAAUACAAAACGUGAGAAAUUAAUAAUAAAUUAUUAAAAUGUGUAAAAGUCAACAGUUUGUGUUUAUAAAGUGCACAUUGGAUGCAGUGUUCUUUCGCUAGAUGGCGCUGUUUGGAUUGUCGCUUAGCAAGUGAGAUACUUGUUCAGCUAUUCGCCGCUAGGUGGCGUUAACGGGUGAGUACAAGGACGAAACUUGCAAACUACCGUUUUUAUCCGAGGUGUUUCUGUAAUUCGAGUUCAGUGAACGAUAAGCUUCAUGAUAACAUGAGGUUGACGGCGGCCCCUUGAUAACACCAUGGUACUCCGCCACCAAACACCACUUGCAGCGACGAUCAAACGCGACCAGUCCGAUGCCGAGACCUUGUUCCAUCUAGCGUUUAGCAUAUUAGCAGUCCACCAUUAUAUUAGACUCUUUAUGUUGCAAUCACAUUGUGUAAAUGAUUUCAUUCUACAAUCCUAGUGACAUCUGGAAUAUUACGAAAUUUGCAGUCAGCACUCAUCACUGGACUUGUCUCAUUGUUCCCAUUCUUCUGUACAUGAUGACGCUACAUUGCAAUUUCGUACGUUCUUAGGAUAUGUCGAUUCAUAACAUUUUGAAGUCCAAUAUUGUUACUCAAGUAAUACUAGUUAUACAUUUUAUACAUUUACCAUACUUUAUGGUAAGAUCUCGGAGGAAAAUACAAAAAUGCUCCUUUAGUUUAUAAGUUCUAUGACUUUGAAACACUUUGUGAUCUUUAUUACGUUUUUCUGUUUUCCUCCGCGAUCCUCUAAGUUCACGCAUUUUUAUUGUUUUGUUACUCUAUUCUAUGUUCGUGUUGUCUAUACGUGUUUUGAAUUAUAUUGACUAACAAAUACUAAAAAAUUCUAACGCAUGACUCUUUAUUUUUACUAUAUCAACUCGCGAGUAUGCAUGACGUCAAAUGUUGUUAAUUUAGUUUAAUUUUAUUAUUUUUUGUUAAAUACUUAGACAACCUGCUACACUGACAUGUUUAUAUUAUUUUAAUUUAUUUGAUUGUUUAUAUUUAUUAAUUGUGUUUACUUCAACAAUUUGUAAAGUUUAUUGAAUUCUAUCAGCAGUAUGAGAUCAAUCGUAUAUUUUAGCCUUGCUCCAUAAAACUUGAUUUUACGUUUAAUUUCCAUCGCUUAAAUUCGAGUUUUAGUUCAUGCAUGGCAAUACCCGGGGUUGCUUUCUAGUUUUUUUGAUAAGAAAAAUUUGAUUAUGCAAUCUGUUAAUUAAAUUAAUCACUCAAUUAUGUAUUAUCAAAGUUAUUAUUUUAUUUGUAUUGAUUUAAGAACAGAUUUUAAUAAACGUUUCGGCAUGAA